AUGUUGAGUGGGUUGUUCUUCGGGAGCGUGGAAAGUAAGAAUGUUAAGAGCAGUGCAGAAGAUGGAGGAGUUUCUCAACCCUUAGCUGGUUCUCCAGAUGGCUUAGAUGUUGUGGAGCUUGAGGGACUGGUAUACUGUCUGAACCAGUGGGGAACACUUUCUAGCCAACCUAAGGAAAACCAGGAUAUAUACAAAAGGUUUUUAUUUCACUACUCCAGAACGCAGGAGCCAAGGUAUCCAGUUAACCCUGAGUUUGCACCCGUAUAUCCCUUGAUGCUCCUGGCUGCCAAGCUUGCCAGCAGAAGGAUGAAAAGAUGA